UGUCCAUCAGUGCCAGCUCUCAGUGCUCAUCCAUGCCACCUGCCAGUGCCCAUCAGUGCCACCUAUCAGUGCCAGUCAGUGCUGCCUAUCAGUGUGCAUCAGUGCCACCUAACAGUGCCAGUCAGUGCUGCCUAUCAGUGCCAUAUAUGAGUGCUGCCUUUCAGUGCCCAUCAGUGAUGCCUGUCAAUGCCCAUCAGUGCCUCAUCAGUGCCACCAUCAGUGUCUAUCAGUGCAGCCUCAUUAGCGCACAUCAGUGAAGGAGAAAAAUCACUUAUUUACAAAAUUUUGUAA